UGCUGAGUUGAGUGGGGGCUUUGAUGCUGGGUCGAGUGAUAGGUUAUCGAGCGCAGGACCUGACGCAUGGCCUUCAAGUUUCAAUACUCCCGCUGAGUUUUCGGGCUUGGGACCCAAUGGAGGACCAUCGAAUUGGCGCCCUACAAUUUCUACCUCGAGUCAGUCACGAACUUCGAAUUGCACGAGGACAAGCGAUAGGAAGGGCAAGCGGCGUGCUCCAGAGGAGACAGACGUGGAUGCAGACGUGGACGUGGAAGGUGACGGUGAGUGUGUUCUGCUGUAUUUUAGCUUCUAGUUCUCUCUGCAGCGCGUAAUUUUCUUUUCUCAGCGUGUGCUCAUCCACUAUACCCCCCUUCUUUACUCCUUUACCCAGACUUGCUCACUCUCAGUAUUUUAUUUAUCUGUGCAGGCCCUACUCCCGACUCGAUGGACGUCAACGAGGAAAAUAUUCCACCAAGGAUGCGUAAGAGGUGGAUGCAUACUGUGUCUGUGUCCGUGUCGCAUGAUCGUGAUGAGCGUGCCUCUUCACGGAAUAAUAGAAAUUUUGUAUCUAUCAACGCACAGAGACCAUCUGGUUCGCAUGGACAGCAUGGUCAAAGCCUAUUGGGAGUGCAUGUACAUAGUUCACCGGUAUUGAGUGGACAUAGUCCACCCGCUCCGGUGUCUACGACAGACUGGAGAAGCCCGACAUUACUCUCAGCGGACAGUCCAGCACCAACAUCUGGAGACAGCCCUUCACCACCAUCCCCCGAGAGCACUGUAGAUGGAAUGGAUAUCGAUGUGAGCGAUACGUUCUCUGAUAUUCGUCAAAUGCCACCACCACCAAUGCCGGCAGCUCUCGACCCCACCACCAUUUCCUCCGUCGCAUUCGCAUCCGUCUCGCCUUCAGCAACCUUCUCAAAACUAUCUCUUCUGUCACCCGUCCUGCCUGAUAUGCGCUCCGGGUCACCUUCCCUCUUUGGAGUGCCUCUGACAAACUCGUCUAGGCGUCCUAUGCCAAUGUCAUCCCCUCCGCCACCCCAGUCGUCCAAUAGCAAGAGUCCUUCAGACGCAUUGAGCGCGCAAGUCAUAGUCCAUCCACAACCGUCCAAUCCAUCGAUGUCCAACGCUUCUUCACCUCAUCGUGUGCGCUUUGCAUCCCCGGAGGUGUUACAUGGGCAACCGUCCUUGAAGACUACUCAACAUACUCCGCUUAAAUCAGGGAGGGAAGCGAUACCUCCUAUUUACUCGCAUACUCCUCCACCUGUGUUGGAAGAUGACAAAACAGCUGGUUCAACAGCAGAGGCCGUACUACAGCCAGAUAGGAGCCCUGUACAUGACGGAACUUCUCUUGAGGUCAAAAUAGUCCCACCAGAUGAAACGCCACAAACAGGUGCCUCUAUGUCAUCAAUCAUGCGCGAUUCAACUAUACUGGUACCGUCAAUAUGCGAGUCAACGCCAUCCCUCCAUGAUUCUGAUUCACCACCUCCAUCAUGCGAACCCGCACUACCUAUACACGAGUCCACGCCAGCAUCACACGAACUCAGUCCACCAGCACAUGAACCCACGUCACCCGCACGCGAACAGUCACCGCUGCCUCCUCCAAAGGUGAAGAUGUCCCUCAAGGACUUUGCUCUGCGCAAGAAGAAGCAACGUGAAGAAAUGGCGAAGGAGCGGGAAUGUGAGUCGCCUGGUGGGUUAAGCAUGGGGUUGCUAGAGGAGAGCGGGGACGAAGGGAUACAUGUGGAUGAUGAUGGUGCAGAUGAGCGGCUGGGGAGGGAUUCUGAGGGCACAGACCAUGAGCGUGAUUUGGAAGUGACCAUGUCAGAUAUAAGAGAGGCGCAGGAUGUGGAGAUGGAUGGUGAUAAUGACAUGGGGCAGGCUGUUGAGGGGGUGAAGGACGAACCUGACGCUUCUUUCACCAUGCAGAACGUAGUGGACUGCGUGCUGGAAGAUUCACCUGCUGAGAGUCAGCGGCGCUGUGAAUCCGAACCACGAGGCGCUACUCCAUACCCGCCGAGGUCUCCCGUCGUAUCCCUAAGAUCUGUUCGUAGCAUGGAUAAUGCUCAUCCCAACGGCCAACUUGCAGAUCCCACUUCUCUUGUGGCCAAGGUCGAGAUAUCGGAGACUUCUAUACCCAAUGGACUUGUGGGUGCCUAUGAUAGGACAUCACCAUCUGCGCCGGACCCGCCUCCACCUCCAUUGCACCAGCAGAUCAAGAGUACAGAAAAACAAUCGUCAUCACCCAAACCUUUUUCGUCACCUCUACCCCCUUCCGCUCCGGCUUCCUAUUCUCAUAGACCCUCUCACGAAGAUGGAGAAAUCACAAGCGCCUCUCCUCCAAAGUCGUCGCAUUUCUUCCCCCGAUCUUACACGCCUCCAACCCAGCCCCGCUCAUUUCAGACCUCACAUCCCUUGUCUCCUAAUUUUACCCAUACCACAUCCACACCCACUCCGUCAGCUUCCUGGCGCGGUCCACCUCCACCGACAAGAGCACCCUUAUCCAACACUUCUUCCUCGAACGGCCCUCCGCGCCCCUUACCCAGUGGGCCACGGGCACUGAGAGUUAGUCAAUCAUCCCAUCCACCGACAUAUUCUUCUCCCAGUAGCCGCGUGUACAGCGGUUCGCAAUACAUUCCUCGCGGACCGUCUGCUGAUCGUGAUCGUCAUGACCGUGAUCGUCUUGAUUGGGAACGAGAGCGCGGGUGGGCGCCACGACCGCGGGGACGUACGGGCAGUAGUGGUUGGGGUCGAUAACACCAACCGUUGAAUACCUAAUACGGAACCUUAUUCUCCCUCUGUUUUUGUAGGCCAUUCUUUCCUUUCAUGAUAUUAUAUUUUUCUGCUUGAU